ACGAAAUGAGAAGCAGGAGGAGAAAAAAAGGAAAAAAAGGUUGCAGUCGAGUAGGGGAAUCAGCGGAGGAAAAAAAAAAAAACGGAAGGCAUUAUGAGGUAAGAGGCAAGAAAGGUGAUGACAUGGCACUGUUGGCGGGAUGGCCGCAGUGGUGAAGACAAUGCUGCCGACCAUGAAGAAGACGAAAAUGAUGAUCUGGUACUCAAUCUUGGUAGUCGUGAUUAUCACGCCCCUCAUACAAUGAUGGGGGGCCAUUCAAGAUCGGCUUCUAUGUCAUCCAUGCCGACGAAGAACACAUCACCUUCUUUCGAAGAACUGCUUGGGCAAGCCGAGGGACAAGUGGACACCUGUAUGGGUGAAGGACGGAGUGGAGGAGCGACAGACAUAGAUGACACUCAACGGCGAGGAACUGCCACCGUGACAACAGGGGAGGACAUUGCGCCACCAGUUGAAUGCACUCCUCGUGCCGCAGAUACGGCGCAGCGAACCACAAUAAAGGUGGCCAUCGUGGGGAUGGUGCAGGGAAGACCGGAGUUCGAGGUGCUGAUUGGAGUUUCGAUGAGACGAUGGCACUGCUACGAUGGGGAAUGCAAGGGGAUGGUGAACUCUGUUGAUGUCAUGGGCGGGCCGGCGAGGGCUGUGACAAAUGAUGACGAUGGAGGCAUAACAAGCGAAGGUGGCGGCCUGACGUGCCGAAAGGCUGAUAGUGAUAAUAGGGACACUUCCAAAUCCCAGAGAACCGGAGAUGGUAGAGGAAGCGGACGUGGCACCAGAUCGGGGUGGCCCGGUCCAUGUGCAAAGGAAGGGUCGUUCACAAACAUGACCACUGUUCUAGUGGAGGCCAGCGAUAGGCAAACUGACAAGCUUGCACUGCCAGACUCUUUUGCACAGUUCUUGGACGGCCUGAACAGGACGAUGGCGGAUGGGAAUUCCACGUUUCUUCAAUGCUUCACCAUCCUGUCUGGAUCGAUUGGCGGGCUGGUGCAAACGGGCCAAAGGACGCAGGACAACCGUGAGGACGACAAUGGAGAAAUGGCGGAUGGGACAAAUGGAUGAUAAUAUUAUUUUCGCCGUCCAUGACACAUCGUCUUCAUGUUUGUGUCAUAUUUUGUGGAGGGGUUUGGGGACUGCUAACAUUUGUCAACGGACAAUUGACAUGCGCGUUGUCGUCGUGCUUGAUGGCGUUGUUGCAGAACUUGCAGGGUUUGCGGUUACAUACUACACAUUGAUCGGCAAUGACAUCUACACCCCUCAGUGGCCUCGGGGACAACAAAUAUUGGUUUGCAUC